AUGGAUCCAAUAAAGUACAUUUUUAAAAAGCCUGUUGUCAGUGGAAGAAUUUCCCAGUGGAAAAUGUUGUUAACCGAGUACGACAUCCAAUAUGUAACACAGAAAGCUAUCCAAGGGAGCGUCUUGUCUGACUACCUUUCCCAUCAACCCAUGGAAGCUCAUCAACCAAAGAAGUUUGACUUUCCUGAUGAGGACAUCAUGUUCAUUCGAGAUUGCAAUAUCUCAGGCCCUGCCGAAGGACCAGAACCAGGAUCGCGGUGGACGCUCAUGUUCGAUGGUGCCUCUAAUGCAAAAGGUCAUGGGAUAGGAGAAAUCAUCACAUCUCCGACUAGUUUUCACAUUUCAUUCACCUCUAGAUUAUGCUUUGACUGCACCAACAACAUGGCAGAAUAUGAGGCAUGCAUCUAUGAUACUGAAUUAGCUAUUGACUUAAGAAUCAAGAUUCUUGAAGUGUAUUGGAACUAUACUUUGGUGAUCAGUCAAGUUCGAGGAGACUGGGAAACUCGGGGUAAGAAGUUGGUUUUGUACAGAGAACACGUGGUGAAACGGACUCCAUGUUUUAAUGAAAUCACUUUUCAUUAUAUCCCAAGGGAAGAGAAUUAUUUAACUAAUGCUCUAGCUACUAUGGCAACCAUGUUUAAAGUCAAGUGGAAGAAUGAAGCACCUGCCAUCCAUAUUGAUCACUUGGGUGAACCAGCGCAUUGUCUAGCAAUGGAGGCCGAAUCUGACGAUAAGUCUUGGUUUUAUGACAUUAAUAGAUAUUUGGAAAAACAAGAGUAUCCCGAGAAGGCAUCCAUGACUGAUAAAAAGGCUUUAAAAAUAUUUUGUGCUAAGUUCUUCCUGAAAGGGGAUGUGCUAUACAAGAUGAAUUUAUAUUUCGUGUUGCUCUGA